CCAAAGCAAAGGUCUUUUUACUAUACGAUGUGAUCUGAUCUUUUAAGUGAUAUAUUAUUUAUAAUACAUGAAUAACGGUCAUAAUUUGUUUUCCUAAUCCUCUUGAAGACAAGUUAAAUAAUGAUCCUAAAAUCUUGAAUUUAUUUAUCCCACAAACAUUGCCUAUUAUCAUUAUUGUUUAUAGCAUUUAUAACUGAGUGAGGUCAAUACAAUAAUUUAAACAUGUUUAUCGUGGGUCUAACUGGAGGGCUCGCAACAGGGAAAAGUACAGUACUGUCAAUAUUUCGCGAAAAUGGUAUAGCAGUAAUAGAUGCCGAUGACAUUGCCAGAAAAGUUCUGGAACCAGGAACGAAAGCUUGGAAGGAAUUGAAGGAAUAUUUUGGUGAGGAAGUGUUACUAGCCGAUGGAAAAGUGAACAGGGUUAAAUUAGGGGAGCUUGUAUUUGACGACAUUGAAAAGAGACGUAAACUAAAUGCCAUCACACACCCGAGAAUCCAAAGUGCAAUGAUGAAGAUGGCAGUGUCAUACUUCUUCUCAGGACACAACUACAUUGUAAUGGAGGUUCCGUUGCUGUUUGAAACUGGAAAAAUGUUAACUUUCAUGCACAAAAUCAUUACUGUUGUAUGUGAAGACCAUCAGCAGCUAAAGCGGUUGUGCAAACGAAAUGACUUCUCUUUAGUUGUAGCCAAGAAAAGAAUAGACUGCCAAAUGCCAUUGGAACACAAAGUGGCCAAUUCACAUUUUGUUGUUGACAAUUCUGGUGAAAUUUCUAACACAAGACACCAAACGGAAUGCAUCAUUAGAACAUUAAAAAGAUCAAAGUUUACUUGGUACUUUAGAUCAAUAAUAUUAAUAACAUUAAUGUCAUUGAUUUUUGGAUUCACACAUCUCAUGGGUGUCAUCAAUAAGUCUAAUUAGCAGUAGUUUAUUGACACAGGAAACAGUAAGUUUCAUAUUUUGCUUCUGUUUGCAAUUCUGCAUUUUUAUUAUAUGAUAUUGCAAAUAUGCAUAAUCUUUAAACUACUAUCUAUUUGCGUGACAAUAUGAAUAAAUAUAAAUAUAUGAUAAUUUUGUAUUAUAUUAUAUCGCGAUAUUAUAGCCGAAAUUCGGGAGAGCACAUGUGCUUGCGUACCUGACAUAUCCAGACUGGUUUUGCUGAAGUACCCUCAUAUUUCAAUACACUACAUGCCUUUCCCUCGGGAUAGUUCACUAAAACUAUGUUUCACUAAUCACUGAUAGUUCACUAACACUAAGUUUCACUGUUUAUUGGUAGUUCACUAACACUAUUCAAUUGUCUGUUACAAGGUCCUUACACUCUAUCAUAUAUAUUUAUACUAAAUCUAACUGGGUAUUAUCGUCUACAAGUCUUAGUUUGAAUCUUCAGUCUGUUCAUAAUCAGACUCUGACAGACUCUCAUAGGAAUCUAUGGCUAAUCUCUUGGCUUCCAUGUUUUGUGGUGAUGAAGGUGAUCUUACUCGUUUGUUGGUUGGCGGUACGCGUUCUUGGCUCUGAUUAAACGUAUAAUCCUGAGGCCCAGAAAUCCCUAUGAUAUCAGCCCACUGUGAGGCCGGUGGAGUAGCAUUUAGUUUUACAUUAAUAUCCUCAUCGUCAUCACUAUCUUCACAUGUUUUACUCGCCUCCGUGUCAUGUAUAAUUUCAGGACCAGUAUUUUCUGAUGUAUUCUGGCGGAUAUCUCUCGCCUCUCCCCCAUGACCUUGUAUCUGAUUAAUAUGUCUUUUCAUCAGCUUCCCGUUCCAUCUUAUUAUAUACCUACAAAUGCCUUGUCUCUUCUCUAUGACUCCUUUCAACCAGCGUGGUCCUGAACUGUAAUUCCGGAAAUACACCGUCUGUCCCAUUUGAAAUGAACGAACUUCAGUGUUUUCAUUCUCGUCACAUACUUGCGUUUCCUCUUGGUUCUUGAAUAUGAGGGGAUUAAGGUGGUCAAACUAUGUCCUGAAACGCCUACAAUUUAAAAGUUCCGCCGGUGACUUGUCAUUAGUACUAUUGGGUGUAGUACGCAACCCAUACAAUAUUGUAGGUAAUUUUAUGUUCCAUGGAAGUGUGGACUGUUUCUUUAAUUUAUUCUUAACCGUCUGAACCGUUCUCUCGGCCUGUCCAUUCGACG